AUGAGUCUCAGUAAUAGUUACAAAUGUUCGAACAUGGAAGGAACAAUAUCGUACAGAUUAAUAUAUAACUGUACUAUAAUAGCUUUAUUUUAUCAGGACGAUUUACAAGAAGCGUUACGCUACGGAAAUUUACGGAAUGAAUUACGAAAUAUUAUACAAACAGCUUUUGAAAAGGUAGAAGAAAAAGUAGCAGAACUAAACGAAGAAAGGGAAAACAUAGUAGAUGAAGGACCCGACAAUCCUUUAGAGUUUGUAGCUUUGAAAGCGGUAAACUCUAUGGAAGAUUUAAACAACUUUAAUUUAGUUGAAGCGGAUAUUUCUGAAAUGAAUGAGGAAGCAAUGGUAGAUAAACUGAAUUCUGACCAAAAAAAAAGUAUUUGA